CGCCGCCGCCGCCUGAGAGGGGAGGAAUUAAGCCCGGUGGAAAGGGAGACGCUGUCGGCUUCUCCUACUGCUUGGUUGGAUAAGGGAGCCCGACCCCCAAGGAGCUGCCGCCGGUGGGUCUGACCGCCGCCUGCUCCGCGGAGCGAGCUCGUUCUCUACAGGCCGCGGGGCCCCCGUUGACAUGUCCAGCAUGAAUCCCGAAUAUGACUAUUUAUUCAAGCUGCUUCUGAUUGGAGACUCUGGGGUCGGAAAAUCUUGCCUUUUGCUUAGAUUUGCAGAUGAUACCUACACAGAAAGCUAUAUCAGCACAAUUGGUGUGGACUUUAAAAUCAGAACUAUAGAGUUAGAUGGAAAAACAAUCAAGCUUCAGAUAUGGGAUACAGCAGGGCAAGAGCGAUUUCGAACGAUCACUUCUAGUUACUACAGAGGAGCGCAUGGCAUCAUAGUUGUGUACGAUGUUACGGAUCAGGAGUCUUUCAAUAACGUAAAACAGUGGCUGCAAGAAAUAGAUCGUUAUGCCAGUGAAAAUGUGAACAAGUUGUUGGUAGGGAACAAGUGUGACCUGACCACAAAGAAAGUAGUAGACUAUACAACAGCGAAGGAAUUUGCAGAUUCCCUUGGGAUUCCAUUUUUGGAAACUAGCGCGAAGAACGCGACAAAUGUAGAACAGUCUUUCAUGACCAUGGCUGCUGAGAUCAAAAAACGAAUGGGUCCUGGAGCUACAGCAGGUGGUGCAGAGAAAUCCAAUGUUAAAAUUCAGAGCACUCCAGUCAAGCAGUCUAGUGGAGGUUGCUGCUAAAACUCUCCUCCCUUCUCAACAAUGAAUCUGAAAUCUGAACCCAACUGAAAAAAAUUGCCUGAAUUGUACUGUAUGUAGCUGCACUACAACAGAUUCUUAUCGUCUCCACAAAGGUCAGAGAUUGUAAAUGGUCAAUACUGACUUUUUUAUUACCCCCCCCCCCCCCGCGACUCAAUAAAGCUAACUUCAUUUUCAGAAAUGUGUUAAACCUUUUGUGUGCUGGUUUAUAAAUGCGUGUAAUCCUCGUUGCUUUUCCUUAUACCAGAUUGUUUCCUGUGGUUGGCUAAACUUCGGAUAUUUUUUUGUUCCGAUCAUAUUGGCACGUUUAGAUGUCAGGUUUAGUCUUCUGAAGAUGAAGUUUAGCCAUUUUUGUAUCCAACAACACUACUGUGUCUAUCACUUUUCCAUGCAUAAAGUUCAGUAAUAUGUUAUAUGUAAGAUCUAAUUUGCUAGUUCCUUGUAGAGAUCUAAAUGGAAAGAUUACACUCUGGCCAGGAUCCAAAGAACUGCUCAAACUAGUUCUGUGCACCUGUAGCAGGUUUGGACUUUUCUCGAUCAGCACUUCCCCCUAGCAAAUCUCUUAAAACGGAGGGGCAUUUCUUAAGGGCAGGGGAGAUGCCAUUCAAAAUGAAGUUGCAAUCCUGUAAUAGCGCUUUGGAUCCCAGAUGUUGAUUUUUCCCCUCAUACUCUGCAUAUAAUUUGUGGCUGCAGAAUAUUGUAAUUGGUUGCACAAUAUGUAACAAACCGAAGAAAUGUUUAAUAAAUAUUGUACUUAUUGGAAGUAAUAUCAAACUGUAUGGUGAUAAGUAUUGUCUUAAUUCUUAUAUGGCUAAGGGGAAAGGCUUGCAUUGUGCCCCAAAUGAACCUUUUUAUGUGCAGUAAUGGCACUUUAAAACCUUUACCUAGACCAUACCCUACCAGCCCAGCAAAUAACUAGCAAGUAUGGUCUAAAUGACUAAGUUCUCAUGGUGUUUCUGGCAUGUAUGCUGUACUUGGAACACAACUGAUAACAUUGUUUAUAGAAUCAUAAUCACUCUAAAUGUACCAUAUUUCUCUCCCUUCCCCAAUCCGAAGUGUGUCUGGAUCUGUUUCUAAAUGAUCUCAUUUAGAAAUAGCCUGUCUCUUGCUCUGUCAUAAGAGGAAAGCAGUAUUUUCCUAACAUAUUAAUGACUUCAAACUAACAAGUUGAUGUUAACUCUGAUGGUAUGUUAUGUCUUUUCUAAAUAAUGUUACUUCCAUUCUCUCACAAUCAAAUACUGUUGACUUUAAUAAAACUUAGUGCAAUUUA